AUGUCCAAAUGCACUCUACGACCCCGGGCGGAUAUAUGCCAUCUCUGCGACUUCGUGAUAUCCCGGCAAUCUCUUUCGAGACGACCAAUCCGAACACAAAAGUCCUUGAAUACUGUCCGGGCAACCUUCCCCAGCUCCCGGCGAGCAUACUCUCAAACAGUCCAACAACCUCAAGGGCGGCCAGAGAUUACAAGCAGGAAGACUACGCAGAUUUUAGAUGCUGCAAGGAAGGCCGUGGAUGGGCAUACGACCAAGGCCGACCUUGACAAGGCAUUCGAGGAAGUAAGAUUGACUGUAGAUUCUCUCUUGAGUCUGGACAGGAUACCUUCGGAGCAGAAGGCCCUCCAAGCAUUGGAGCAGUGUGAUAUAUUGGCAAAUACUCUUGUCGAAACGGUUUCGUUGGACAAGAAAUACCGUGCAGCAUCAGCCCUACUCUCCCUGGACGAUACAGCCUUAAAGAGUGGUCGAUCCCUAAAGUUGCCGCCUGCAACCAAAAGCAUACAAAAUGAUUUAUCGAAUCUUGCCUUUUCUAUUAUCACACAUCCUCCGGUCUUCAUAACGCCAAAAAUCUUAGCUUUGUAUGUACGCGUUCAGGCAACUUUGAAAAGGCCGGAAACCUUCCCCCAGGCGUUCAAUCUAUACGCAAACAAACCAGUACCAGAAGAAGGUUCAUCUCCAAUUCGGUAUCUGAGUCAGAAUCCAAACAAAGUUGCUAACGCAAUUCCUCAAAAUGUUGCGGAUCUUGCUCUCCAAACCGCUAUUGAAGCCAAACAAUUGGUUGUAGCGAUGGAUAUCGUCGAAUUCUCAUACGCCACGAAAGCAUUCCGCCGCGCCAAAUUCGUACGCAAAGGACUCCUUCCUGCAACAGGUGUAGCGAUUUUUCCACUUGCGGCGUACACUCUAGCAUCACAAAUAGCACUUAUGCAAACUACGAUGGAGACCACUAUGGCUACAAAUGUUGUAUUUGCGGGUUUGCUAGCCUACGUUGGGUUUACUGGUACUAUUGGAAUUGUCGCUGUCACAACGGCGAAUGAUCAAAUGGAUCGCGUAACCUGGACUCCAGGGCUUCCUCUAAAUCAACGAUGGAUUCGGGAAGAAGAGCGUGCAGCGAUUGAUAGGAUUGCUGGCGCUUGGGGAUUUCGGGAGGUCUGGCAAAGAGGGGAGGAAGAAGGCGAAGAAUGGGAAGCUUUGAGGGAAUGGAUUGGCUUGAAGGGAAUGAUCCUCGAUCGUACCUCAUUGAUGGAAGGAAUGGAGUAG